AAUCUGAACCACGCAUCGAUCGACUUGCAAUGAUGUUUCGAAGAUCCUAGAAAAAUAUAUGGAGUCACCCAUGUGGAUAGCACUUCUGCGAUCAAACAGAUGAUGCAUCGACGAUGAAUGUUUCGUGCACUCGAUGUGUGCCGACCCUAACUGGAAAUCAAAAGAAGGACAAACAGGUGGGGUCCAGACGUCAUUUCCCUGACUGCUGUCAGGCAACAGCCUAUGAUGACCAUGUCGUCCGCAAUACCUAAGGCCGUAUUGUACUACAACCCACAAUCUGUGUGGUCUUCUGCGGUACUUCUUGCACUGAACGAGAAAGGAUACGGAGAGGAUGAAGUUGAUCUCAGGGUUGUCGACAUUAACAAAGGAGAAGAAUUUUCCCCAACCUUCCUCAGGCUGAGCCCCAAAGCAAUGGUGCCAACUCUUGUUGCACCCCUCCGCGGCUCUCUCGCAUCUGAUGUUGCAAGCCGCUUCAAAGCUAUCUCUGACACGAAAGCACUGAUCGAGUUCCUGGACAAAUCUCGGUCCGCAUCAUCUCACACGCACACUACAUCGAGCGCUCCAGCCCCAUCGUUGUCCCCUGCGACGGUUGCAUUCGCCACUGCAUCCAGCAAGAUUAUUGAUUCUAUUCAGGCUGAUGAGGUCUCUCCCGAUCAUUUGCAGUACUUGAAUGCCCGCGAUCAAGCCUCACUUCAAGAACUUGGAAAGUCUCUGGUCCCUAUUCUUGAAUCUAGACGAGCGGCAAUCGUGGAAUAUCUCACCGAAUGUGAACAUGAAACCAUACGGAUGUCUGAAAAGACCAAGGCAUUCUGGCGAGAGAAACAAGCGGAGGUGGACACGGCACUGAGCGUGUUUAGUGGGAAUGAUAUUGACGGAUACUUAUCACGCUCCAGGAAUACGUGGGAAAUCACAAUUCCAGGUGUCCUCACUCGAGUGAACGAGGAGUUCAUUGGGCCCUACGCGUUAGGCGAUCAGGUCUCUAUCGCAGAUAUUCACUUAAGCGCUUGGCUCUCUCACCUUGUCAGACUGGCUGGCGGAAGUCCUUCUGAUAAUGGAGAUGUUGCUAUAAAAAGGGUGGAAAAACAUAUUGGAAAUGGAUUUGUCUUUCCCGAGGACUUCUUGCCUUCGGCUUUUAGCCCAUUCACGGAAGAGAAAGCAGUCGCGAGGAGCAAGCUAGCAGCAUUUUGGGAUGCAAUGAAAUCACGGUCCAGCUGGAAGAAAGUUUAUGCCUCAUGACACAUUCGAUUUGUAUACAUACUGGAUGAUAUCAGUUCACGCUCAAUGAUCUCUACUUGGCGACCAAUGAAGCUUGAAGUCUCAACCAA